AUGCGUGAACACACCAGGAAUGUUGACUUUGCAUCUCAGGAACCACCUCACCAGCUCACGGUUUGUGUCACCGGGGGUGGAGCCUACGUCGGUCUCACCAUAUCCCACGCCUUAGUAGACGCGCAUCCGUCUCGAUUCUGUUGCGUGACCUGGGGCUCGCGUACGAUAAACACAAUGGCCUAUCUGCUGAACACUGGCCGAAUAUCUCCCGGGAGUGCCCCCCUUAUACUCCCGCGUCUGGAUCAUCAGAGUUUAGACGAGGAGUGUCCGAAAGAAACCAGGACGGUAGAGGUCGACAUAGACGGGGCAGCGGAACUGGAACAAUUUUGCGCACAAGAGGGCGUCACCGUCUCGACUGUGUUUCAAUUCGCUUGGGCCUUGGUCCUGCGUUGUUUUGCACAGACGGGCGACGUCUGCUUUGGCUAUCUUACUGCGGGUCGCGACAUUGCUCUAGAUGAUCUGGAGGAUGCCGUUGGCCCAUACAUCAACACCCUUGUCACUCGGGUCCACUUCGGUCGUGGUCAAGCGGUGAGGGAAGAGCUCCAGGCAAUUUUGAAUGAUUUCAUCAAGAAUUCUCCCCAUCAACAUGCCCCCUUGGGACGGUUUCUCAGUGGCUUAAACCUUUCAGGCCCGCUCUUCAACACCGCGAUAUCUGUCCGAAGGACCUCCUCUCACAUGGCGGGCAAUGCCUCAUCUCUGGGGCUGAAGAGUGUGUGGGAACUAAGCCCUACAGAGUAUGACCUGACGGCCAACGUGUUCGUCUCUAGCAUCUCCGUCCAUAUCUCCCUAUCGUACUGGACCUCGACUUGCUCGGAGGAGCAAGCAAUGAACUUCACCAGCACUUUACAAAGAGCGCUGGGCAUGAUCGUCAGCCAUCCCGACACGCCCCCCGAACAGCUGGACCUAUUCAGCGAGCAUAAUCACGCUUAUGUAGAGAGACUAAACGCAAGGGCUUGCCAGAGGUUUAACAAAGUGACUGGAUGCGUCCACCACCUGGUUGGUGCACAGGUGAAAGUGCAGCCUCAAGCACCUGCUGUCUGCGCUUGGGACGGCGACUUCACGUACGGGGAGCUUGAUCACCGGGCCUCACUCCUAGCCAUCCGUCUCAUCCAACGUGGAGCCGGUCCCAAAGUGUUUAUCCCAAUUCACACCAAAAGGUCGAAAUGGACGUUGGUGGCCCUUCUGGCAGUAGUGAAAGCCGAGGCUGCAUUUAUCUUGUUCGAUCCCUCUCGUCCGCAGAGUGGACUGCAAGCCAUGUGCGAGGAUUCUCGUGCCACCAUUAUCAUCUCCUCUGAGCUUCUAAAGGACAGGAGCAAACAACUCUGCCCGUCGGUCGUUGUCAUCGGAGAAAGUACCGCCAGCACGAAAACUCCCAUCGCAUCGCCCUACAUUUCACCCGUCGAGCCUUCCAAUGCGCUAUUGGCCGUCUUCACUUCUGGGUCGACCGGCAAGCCGAAGGGAAUCAUCAUCCAGCAUUCAUCGUUUUAUAUGGGUGCCCCCGCUUGGGCACGAGUACUCAAUCUUACGAACCGCGCGCGGGUCUUGGCCUUUGCCUCUUUUACUUUUGACAUGAGCAUCGCCGAGCUCCUGAUGACGCUGUGUCUCGGCGGCUGUGUAUGCAUCCCCUCGGAGGAGGAGCGCCUAAACGACCUGGCUGGCGCCAUCAACCGUCCGGGGGUCAACACAAUGCUGAUCACCCCAUCGGUGCUUCGGCUCCUUGAUCCCAAGCAGGCGCCCAACGUGCAUACAGUCAAGAUCGGUGGGGAGCCGGUGUACGAAACCGAUUUCCAGAGAUGGGCAGAGCACUGCACCCUCAUUGAAGGUUACGGGCCCGCCGAAUGUUGUAUCUACGCUUUCUUCCAGCCGCAAAUCAAUUGCCGCUCCGACCCCAGCAACAUUGGUUAUCCCACGCAGCGUCUGCCUUGGCUUCCGGACCCCACCGAUCCUGAACGGCUCGCUCCUGUCGGCAGUGUCGGCGAACUCCUCCUCGAAGGCCCUGCGGUGGGACGGGAAUAUCUGAACCAACCCGACAAGACGGCCGAGGUCUUCAUUCCGCCACCUCCAUGGCCCAGCCGCUUCUCUUUCCCGGUCCAGGGAGGGUUCUACAAGACUGGCGACCUGGUGAGAUACGGUUCAGACGGGACCGUAAGGUUCGUAGGACGGAAGGGCACGCAGGUCAAGAUCAAUGGACAGCGCAUGGAGCUGGGAGAGGCGGAGCACCAUCUGCGACGAUAUCUUGGUCACUCAAUUGACGUAGUCGUGGGCCUGGUACACUUCAAUGGAACGUCUGCUCCCCCGACUCUGACAGCGUUCCUGAGGCCAAAUCCUAUGGACCAGCGUCAAAGCUUUGCCGUCUUCAAGGCGGGCCUCCCGUCGAUGGUGUCGAGCCUGAAAGCCCAUCUCUGGAGCUCUCUGCCCCGUUACAUGGUCCCCAUGGCGUAUGUUCCUCUCCCGGAUUUCCCUACCAAUAAAUCGAUGAAGACGGACCGAUCGCAGCUGCGUGAAUUAGCCAUCCAGUUGAGUCAGGAAGAAAUGGCCGGCCGAGCAUCCGAAGAGAAAACGCCGCCUCGCACCGCGAGGGAGCAACUGAUCCAGAAGCUCGUCUCCCAAGUUUUGGAUCUGCCCGUCGACCAGGUUGGACUCAACGACAAUUUCUUCAUGCUCGGGGGCGACUCGUCUCAUGCCAUCAAGCUCGUGUCUCUCGCACGGGGCGAGGGGCUCAGUCUGUCCGUCAAGGACAUUCUCAAGCAGCCAGUGCUCAUGAAUAUCAUGCCUCAUGAAGAUAGCCCGGAGCUGGUUGCUGCUGCGACUGCUCCUACUUCCAAUAUCAGUGUCAGCAGCGCGACGCAACCUUGUGGACUACUUGGCAUCAACGACGCUGCGGCAUUCAUUUGCGACACUAUCGCCCCUCAGAUCGAGUUUACUGCCGAUAGCAUCCUCGACGUCCUGCCCACGACGGAGUUCCAGGCCGAGUGCAUCCUCGACUGGCCGCUGUCCUCCUUCCUGGCGACGAUGCAUGGCCCUUUGGACAAAACACGUCUGCGAGCUGCCUGUCAGUUACUGGUUGAACGCCAUGAGAUCUACCGGACGGUGUAUGUUCGCCACGGCCCCGCCACCCUCCAGGUGGUUCUCAGGCAGAUCCCUCUCCCAUUCUCGGAGAUGCAAUACGACGAGGGCCAGGAUCUCGACAUGUACGACGGAUACUCCCUGGCCACUGUCUUCAGAGACCUCUCCGCCCUCUACGAAGACAUUCCGCUGGACCCCGUGACGAACUACUCCGCCUACAUCCUCUAUCUCGCCUCCCAGUCUGCCGCUCGGGCCCAAGCCUUCUGGAGUCAUACCCUAAAGGACAGCCCGCCGCCCAUCCACCUCCAACAUCUCUCUCUCGGCGCAGAGCCCGAGGACCACACAGGGGGGACGCUCAUCGGGCUCAGUGAGGAAAUCUCCCUCCCCAAACUACCCCCAACCAUCACUCCCGCCACCCUCAUGAAGGCAGCAACCGCCCUCCUACUCAUGUGCCUCACCAACGAACGCGAUUUGGUCUUCGGACAGCUCGUCAGCGGCCGCACCGUACCCCUUGCCGGGGUCGAGAGUAUCCUCGGCGUCUGCGCCAACAUCGUCCCCGUGCGCGUCAAAGUCCAUCCAAAACACACCGUCCUGGACCUCCUGCAGAAGAUUCAAACGCAACACAUUGAUGCGAUAGAGUACGAGACCACGGGGAUGUGCGAGAUCCGCCGGGCCUGUCCCGUUUGGCCGGAGAACGCGCCGCUGGGCUGUCUGAUCCAGCAUCAGAACGUCGACGUGACGCCGCAGUUCGCGCUGGGCCCGGUGGAGUGCAGUACAAGGAUGUUUGGCGGCGAGUUCAAGCGACAGUUCCUGCAUGUGGUGACGUCGCCGCGGGGCAAUCGCACGGUGGUGCAGAUCUUUGCGCCGAGUUAGUUGAUGAAUUUGUCGUGGUGUAAGCGAGUCAUUUUGCAGCUGUGCGAGACGGCCACUUGGCUGGCAGCCAAUCCGCUUCGUUUGGUGACAGAAUGUCCGGAUCAGUUGUCGCUGAAAAAUUGAAAAACAAUUAAGAAAAGAAAGAUUGGGGGGUGUCGAGGGGAUGAAUCAGUGG